AUGAGUGCUGUUAUUGAAGUGCGCCCUCCUCCUCAUCUUUGGAUCGGUGCUUGUGCAAUCCGUACAUGGCGGCUCCAAGAAAUCUGGUGGGGGGACGCGGGGAGGCUGCUGAGGGAUGAGGAGAGUGCAAAGGAGGACGAUUGGUCCGCCGGAAAGAAGCCCAAGUCCGAGAGGUUUCCGCUGACGCGAUGGGAGUUCGCGGCGGCUCUCGGCGUUUUCUUGGUCUUCUCUACCGGCCUCAUCUGCGUCUACUUGACCAUGCCCGCCGCCGAGUAUGGUAAACUCAAGCUGCCGCGCACCAUUGCCGAUCUUCGCUUGCUCAAAGAUCAUCUUGCAACAUAUGCAAAAGACUAUCCGGCACAAUUCAUUCUGGGUUACUGCUCUACUUACAUCUUCAUGCAGACUUUUAUGAUUCCUGGAACAAUUUUUAUGUCAUUGCUAGCUGGAGCUCUUUUUGGUGUCAUGAGAGGCCUUCUGUUGGUUGUCUUUAAUGCUACAGCUGGAGCAUCAUCCUGCUUCUUUUUGUCUAAGUUAAUUGGCAGGCCUUUAGUUAGUUGGUUGUGGCCAGAAAAGUUGAGAUUUUUUCAGGCAGAGAUUGCAAAGCGUAGGGAAAAGCUGCUGAAUUACAUGCUUUUCCUGAGGAUAACUCCAACAUUGCCGAACCUUUUUAUCAACUUGGCGUCUCCAAUUGUUGAUAUACCAUUUCAUGUUUUCUUUCUGGCGACUUUUAUUGGUCUUAUUCCAGCAUCUUAUAUCACAGUCCGAGCUGGCCUUGCUCUUGGGGAACUCAAGUCAGUCAAGGAUCUCUAUGAUUUUAAAACCUUGGUUGUGCUUUUCCUUAUUGGUUCUGUGAUUAUAUUUCCAACCCUUUUGAAGAGGAAGCGAAUUUAUGAAUGA